UCGGGACACGCGUAGGAUGGAUAUGAAACCAAAGACAGCUGAAUUUUGGAUGGUAAUUUUCCUCUACCUGCUCCCUAAUUGGAAAUUGGAGGCGGAGGCCAAGAAUAAUUUUGAGCUGCAAACGGAUAAUUUUACAUGCAGCAGCGAUGAUAUUAGCUCAAGCGUCCUCAAGGAGUUCACUUGUGGCAUAAGCAAAAGUGCCAAACGCCGCACUUGGCACAUGGAAUUCGUACUCGAACAACCUGUUGCCGAACAUGAUUUCAUUAUGAAAAUCAUCCUGCCGCGCAGGAGACCUCUGCCGGAUUUCGUCCUGCUCAAUGUGACCACCGAUGGCUGCCAGUUACUCGCGAAUCGCAAUCAAGUGCCCCUUAUGCGCCUGGGCCGGAAUAUCAUGGAGCGAUUCAGCAACUUUCCCAAACAGUGUCCUUUCAAGCCAAGCUUUACCUACUACAUUAGGGGAUUUCGCUUGGAUUUGAACCUUCUGCCCGCCGUGGACAUGGAGACGCCAUUUCAUUUCAGACGAUUAAAACCUUUUUCAUUUCUACAAAAACUUUUUUUAUAUGGAUUAAGAAUUGAAAUUGAACUCCUUCUCUUUUCUUUCUUUCACCUUGUCUCUGUCUAA